CGCCAAAGCAAUUUUCAUUCCCAUUGUUCCAAACAGUUUAAACCCUAAACUUUUCCCCAAUUUUGCUCACUAAAUCUCACGAAUCUCUCCUCUCGAGAAUCUCCUAGGGUUCCGAUUAUUUCUCAAUUAAGAUAGUAUCCAGCUCGAUGACGGAACCAAAUCUCGACGAAGAUGGUUCCAAGUCGUCUUUCCAGAAAACGGUGGUGCUGAGAGAUUGGUGGUUGAUAAAAUGCCCAAAGGAAUUCGAAGGGAAACAAUUUGGUGUUGCUGGAUUCGAAGAGUCCGUCGAGACAAGAGCAAUGCGUGUGUUUACAUCUUCACCAAUCACCAAAGCUUUGGAUGUUUUCACACUCUUAGCAUCUGAUGGAAUCUAUAUCACUCUCAGAGGUUUUCUUAACAAAGAACGCGUUCUUAAAAAUGGAUUUAACCCUGAGAUUUCUCGUGAAUUCAUCUUCGGGUUUCCUCCUUGUUGGGAACGAGUUUGUAACAGUUGCUUUGAAGGAGACUCUUUUGGCACUGAUGUUAAUACCGUCCCUUCGACUAUCGAGAAAGCUUGUCCUCCCAUUUUAUCACCUUGUAAGUACUCUAACAGGAAUCUUAAGGAUAAUCCAGCUGAGAGCAGAGAGAAAAGCAAUGUGACUGAGACUGAUAUUGCAGAGAUUAAUGAUAAAGGUGGUUCUGGAGCAAGAGAUAUAAAAACUGCAAGGAGAAGGUCUCUUCAUCUGCAAAUAAAAAGGAUACUUGAAUCGAGUAAAGUCCGGAAGACUGCUAAUGAUGGAGAUCAUGGUAGUGAAUUUUUGAAUACGGCUAAGCGCGGUGAUGUAGAAAGAGAUGGAUGUGAGGUUAUCAAUAAUGAAGACAGUGAAUGGAAACUCGAUGAAAGUGAAGUCCAGAAUCUUUGUAAUGAUGGAGAUAAUGGUAGUGAAGGUUUCAUUAAGGCUAAGAGCAGUGAUGUAGAAAAAGAUAAGAGCGAAGCUAUCGAUAAUGAUGUGAUAUCUCCAGCGGUUGGAAGUGGUAUUAAGCAUACCGGUGCAGAUAAUGUUGAUAAAGUGACAAGUGCAAGUGCUACUGGAGAAUCACUUACUUCGGAACAGCAAAAUGGUUUACUUGUAACAACAGCAUCUCCACAUUCCCUGCUUAAAGACUUAGCCAAGAGUAGCAAACCUGAAAAGAAAGGAAUAUCCAAGAAAAGUGGCAAGAUCCUCAGAAGUGACGACAAUGUAGUAGAUCCCAUGAAUUACUCUGGGACGAAAGUCAAAAGUGCGGAAAACAAAAGGAAAAUCGAUGCGAGUAAACUCCAGAGUCCGACUAGUAAUGUUGCAGAACAUAGUAAGGAAGGUUUAAAUAAUGCUAAGAGCAAUGACGUAGAAAAAGAUGUAUGUGUGGCUAUCAAUAAUGAAGUGAUAUCACCAGUGAAGGGAUUUGGUAAAAGGCUUUCUGGUACAGAUGUUGAAAGAUUAACAAGUAAGAAUGCUACUAAAGAAUCACUGACGUCAGUACAGCGAAAAGGUAGAGUGAAGGUAUCGAAGGCAUUUCAAGAUCCCCUGUCGAAAGGAAAAUCAAAGAAAAGUGAGAAGACCCUUCAAAGUAACAGCAAUGUUGUAGAGCCUAUGAAUCAUUUCAGGUCUGAAGCUGAAGAAGCUGAAGAAAACUUGUCAUGGGAAAAAAUAAAGAGGAAAAUCGACUUUGAUGUGGAGGUAACACCGGAAAAAAAAGUGAAGCAGCAGAAGACCAAUGCGGCGUCUACUGAUUCAUUGGGACAGAAACGGUCAAGAUCAGGAAGGGUGCUUGUGUCAUCACUAGAGUUUUGGCGUAACCAAAUUCCUGUUUAUGAUAUGGAUCGGAACCUUAUCCAAGUAAAGGAUGGUAGUGAGACUAACUCCGCUCCAUCUAAAGGAAAAGGAUCGGAUUCUCGAAAGCGAAGAAACUUGAAAAUCAAAUAAACUAUUUCAAACUUUCGUAAUUAAUAAGUAGGUUUAUUAUGGUCUCUGACCCUGUAAUCAUAAUUAAUAAGUAGGUUUGUUAUGGUCUCUGACCCUGUCUGUAAUCAUUUUGUUGGUCGUGAAACUCUCUUAAUAUUUUAGUAUUACUAGCUUCCUUUAUUUUUUUUACAAAGUAAAUUCAUAGUGGAUCUCGUUUGCUUCAAGCUCAAAAGUUUGAAACGACAAAGUAUACGUAGUAAGAGAGUAGAUAGAAUUGUGUUUUGAAUUGAUAUUUUAGAAGAGUUUUGAGUUCCACGGUACAC